GUUUAGACUCAACAGGAUGAAACUUUUUCCCCCCUCCCGAACCAGUGAGGAGCGGUGAUUUGCUCAACAUUACUAUGGUUUUACUGAAAGAUAACCGAAGAUAGUUCGGAUUUAACCGUGUGAAGAACCGCGGGGUCCUGUCAGCCAAAAGUUCAUAUUGGUUUGUUUUUUUUUUCGGUGUUUUGCGGUUUGCCUCUGCGGUUUUUACUUUUAACUUCCAUGAGCGGGGGCGACAACGAGAUUCCAGAGUGGAGUAGAUAUGCGCUUUGUUACAUUAACAAGAAUGCCAGCAGGAAACAACAGAGAAACGCUGCUUUUUACUGCAGAUUCUGACAGCUAACACACUUUGUAGCAAAGUGACAAACUUUUUGUGUGUGUGUUUGAAGUAAACUUUUAGAAUGACGCUGGAUACGCUUUACUGAGACGCGUCGAGAUUUUCCAGAUUUCCUGCUGCGUGUCAAAGAUUUGGGGAUUGGCUCAAGCUUCUCUUUGCCGAGUUUCUGCGCUAUAACUUUUUGGGACACUUGGGGGGAGGGGGGGGGAAAGUUUCUCCGACAGUUGCAUCUUUUUUCUUUUCCUUUUUUAAAAAUUUAUUUGGUGGGGGAACAUGGAUCCGAACCAGCACAACCCUCCAGCCGGACACCAGAUCGUCCACGUACGGGGCGACUCGCAGACUGACCUGGAGCUACUUUUUAAUAGUGUGAUGAACCCGAAAAGCUCCAACGUUCCCGCUUCACUGCCUAUGAGGAUGAGGAAUCUGCCGGACUCCUUCUUCAAGCCCCCAGAGCCCAAGUCCCACUCCAGACAAGCCAGCACCGAUGCUGGAAGUGGCGGGGUGCUCACCCCCCACCACGUCCGAGCACACUCUUCCCCGGCCUCCCUGCAGCUGGGAGCCGUUUCUGGUGGCUCGCUCUCUGGAAUGGCCUCCGCGGGCGCCUCUCCUCAGCAUCUCCGUCAAUCUUCUUAUGAGAUUCCCGACGACGUGCCCCUGCCAGCAGGGUGGGAGAUGGCCAAGACUACCUCAGGACAGAGAUACUUUCUUAACCACAAUGAUAAAAGUACCACCUGGCAGGAUCCUCGCAAGGCCCUCCUCCAGACGAGUCAGCCGGCUCCCCCCAGUUCUGUUCCAGUCCAGCCGCAGAACCUAAUGAACCCAGCCAAUGGACCCCUUCCUGAACACUGGGAACAAGCCAUAACAUCAGAGGGAGAAAUUUACUACAUCAACCAUGAGAAGAGGACCACAUCCUGGCUGGACCCUCGACUUGAGCCACGCUACGCGCUGAACCAACAGCGGAUGACACAGAGCGCUCCGGGGAAACAGUCGGGACAGCUGCCUCCCAGCACCCACGGUGGAGUGAUGGCAGGAAACAACCAGCUGAGACUUCAGCAGAUCGAGAAGGACAGACUCCGACUGCAGCAGCACAGACCACAGGAGCUUGCUUUGAGAAACCAGCUGCCCACCAGUAUGGAUCAAGAUGGCAGCACAAACCCCAUCUCCUCUCCUUUGGCCCAAGAUGCUCGGACCAUGACUGUCAACAGCUCUGACCCAUUCCUUAACAGCGGGACCUACCACUCCAGGGAUGAGAGCACUGACAGCGGGCUGAGCAUGAGCAGCUACAGCGUUCCUCGCACUCCAGAUGACUUCCUGAACAGCGUGGAUGAAAUGGAUACAGGAGACUCUCUCCCAGCCUCCAUGGCGUCGCAGCCCAGCCGAUUCCCCGACUACCUGGACGGCAUCCCCGGAACCGACGUGGACCUGGGCACCCUGGAGGGCGAGAGCAUGGCGGUGGAAAGCGAGGAGCUGAUGGCUAGUCUGCAGGAGCCGCUGAGCUCCGACAUCCUCAGCGACAUGGAGUCUGUUCUGGCGGCUACCAAGAUCGACAAGGAGAACUUCCUGACAUGGUUAUAGAGGACCCGAGCGGAGCGGAGGGGUGGGGCCGGGCGGGGCGCUCCGUACCACCUGUUCCCCCGCUGCGCUCUGAACCGUCGCCUGCUCUGAUCUCUGAAGGAUUCAUAGAUGCUUUUACCAGACAUUUCAGCGAGCCUCUCUGAACUUCUGUGCCUCUCAGCAUGUAAGGCCUAACCUCUUUUCAGGCAGUAUUCUGAUCUUUUCACUUGUGUUUUUAUCUUUUUGAAUUUGUCUGUGUCUUCAAGGCUGGCCUAUGAACAGACAUUUAUGCAAGGGCCCCAAAAAUUUUCACAGGUCUGUCAGCUUAUUUACCCAGAUGGUAGCUGAAGUGACCAAGUGCACGUGUUCUUCUGCAAGGACUGCCCAUGUUGCCUCCCACCUGGAGCCUCUGGAGCCUCUCUUGUUUUUGCAGUACAUCACCAAGCAUCUGUGUUUGGGACUAUUGAAUUUAGUUAAAUAGCUUUAUGUUUGCCUCAAACCUUUUUUUUUUCUCUCCUUUCAACGAGCCUGAAAAACCAAAAAUGAUGUAUUCGAAGCAUAAA